AUGUUGGACAUGGCAAGUCUGAAAGACGCCAAGACGGUCCCGAAAAGGAAUUUCAGCAUCCAAAGCCUCCUGCCCGAAGCGAUUUCGGGUGACGGCCCCGGCGGCGGGGCGGGAGCGGCGGCGGCGGCGGUGGCGGGAUCGGCGGCGGGGGCGGAGGAAGGGACCCCGAGCGGUUCGCUGAAGGGCGGCGGAGCGGCGGAGAGGGAGCCGGACUUUCCUGGGAAGGAGGAGAGGCGGGGGCAAGCGGCUGGGGACGGCGAGGAGGCGAAAGGGAUGGGGAAAUUCCAGAAGCCUCCCUUCAGCUACAACGCCUUGAUCAUGAUGGCCAUCCGACAGAGCCCCGGCAAGAGACUGACUCUGAGUGGCAUCUACGAGUUCAUCGUGCAGAACUUCCCUUACUACAGGGAGAACAAGCAAGGCUGGCAAAACUCCAUCAGGCACAACUUGAGUCUCAACAAGUGCUUUGUCAAGGUGCCCAGACACUAUAAUGACCCGGGGAAGGGCAAUUACUGGAUGCUGGACCCCUCCAGCGACGAUGUCUUCAUUGGGGGCACCACCGGCAAGCUGAGGAGGAGGGCGACCCCAGCCCGGGUUAAAUUGGCUUUCAAGAGGGGGACCCGGCUGGCCUCGGCGGGAUUGGCGCUGGCGGGCUCGCUCUGCUGGCCCGUCUCCCCCCUGCUGCCCUUGCAGCAGCCCCCCACUCAGAGCGGCUACCCCCUGGGCUACAACUGCCCCCCGCCCUACCUCGAGCACCCAGCGCCUUAUGCCCCCUUGCUCCCGCACGGUGCCCACCAGCGGGGUGCCGCCUCGCUGUCCUGCGGGCUCUCCCUCCCCGCCUCCUGCAGCAGCCCGUGUCCCCUCAACCUCCUGGCCGGCCAGACCGCUUACCUCCUGUCCCAGCUGUCGCCGGUCACUGGCCCGAGCGGCCCCCUCGGCGGGAUGGGCCCGGCCCUUCUGAAGGGCAGCAGCGAAUUCCGGAGACCUGCUGCUAGUUUCCCUGGGGCUUAUUUCCCGAACCGCAACCUGGAGCCCCCCUUUAUCCUAUAA